AAAAGGAAAAAACAAGUUUUGUGGGAAAUUCCAUGGUGAAAUCUGUUGAAAUAAACUAACUAGGAUGUGACUUGAGCAAGUUUGUGCUAAAGCGUCUCGAGUGAGUUAUUUUAAGCUUGAUUUAACUUGAAACAACUACAAAAAAUGUCUUGGGAACCUAAAGGACCCAAUUUAACAUCAAAAAAGUUUGAUUAUCUUUCGCGCGCCGGAAAAGAUCUGAAACAUUACGAGAUCAAGGAUAUUUUGGAUAGAAGCAACAAGUUUCCAAUACCGUUUCCAAUCAACACUGGAAGAUUGGAGGUGCUUCAAAACAAGAAAAACAUAACAAAAGAAAACCUAACAAAAUACAUCAACUCCGUAUAUCCAUUCCUACACGAAAGUAUUUUGGAUUUAUACAUCAAAUUCAUCGAAUUCAAACAGAAACAUGGAAGCGACAUAGAAAAGGCAUUCUAUAAAAAAAUGAAUUUAAAAGACUUCGUUGACAGGCUACUCAAACGACGCGCAGUAAUGUUUAUGGGCAAAGAUGACAAAUAUCUUUUGUUAAAUGGAGAAAAAGGUUCCAAGAAUUGGGAAACUAUAGGUACCGACAAUGAAAACCCACCCCUAAUCCUAAAAAACUGUUUGACCUACGAUGAAAUCAAAUUGUCAGCAUUCUUAUAUGUCAGUUCCUAUACCCAUUUCGUGAAUAUUGGCGAUAGGACAAAUAUGGGGGUUUAUUCUGCCGAUAGAACGGAAAUCGAAGAUGAAGGUAUUAUUGCUGGUAUGAUAGGAUCUCGACUAAAAAAGCCAGGAGUGAUGGAUUAUCAGGAAAUGGUGCUGACCUCCAAACAAAAUACUGAAUCCAAUGGAUAUGGAAAUAGAAUGUCUGUUCAUAAAUUGUUUGCUGACUUUUUUGAAGAGGAAAACUUGCUUUACAAUACUUCAGUUCAAAGAAAAACCGAAAAGGAAUCUAAUCGUUUUGUGGACCUUAAAACACCAAAAGGAGCGAUUUUUGACAACCGCGUAUACAGCAAACGCCUUGCCGUAAUGUUUGAUUGCCUCCUACUAGAAGCCAAUUCUAGAGCUAAAGAAGCUGGUAAAACUGCCUUUAUUCACGUAGUAGGCUUAGGUUUAGGCGUAUGGAUGAUAUCCGACCAUCAGGAAAAAGUUUAUAUGGAAUGCUUCUAUGAGAGAAUAAUGGCCCUAUCUGAAAAAUUAUCAUCAGUAAGUGACAUCUGCUUUUCUUAUUUCAACCAAGAGACCUGUGGAGGCUAUAAGAACGGCUCAACAAUAAAAAUUCCCGGUCAUCCUUCUCAAGGAAUUAAUAUACUUAUUUAUAGAAGAGAACCGCAUGAAAAGUUAGGCAACAACAGCAAAUUGCUUGUUGUUUCUUACGCUUGGGACGGUAACGCCUUGCCUGGCAACGAGUACUGGUCCGAAAAGCUGGCAAGUAGUGGAGAUUCGGCCGCAGCAUCUUCGACACAAAUCGCCGAACUUCACAAUCCUCACAUCAAUCCGCUAGUUUGCGCUGAUAAUUUGAGAAUAGUGACUGGCAAAGGAUAUGUGAUGACUUUAGCAAAAUACACUGAGGAGAAUAGGAAAAGCUAGGAUAAUGGAAAUUAGAAAGGUAUUUUACAGAAAAAAAUUAUAUUUUUAUAUUGCAAAAAAUACUCCUAUAUGUAUAUAGACAAAUAUAUUCAUUUAUUAUAAGUAAGAUGAUUUCUUCUUAUUAUCGUAAAGAUCUAGAACCUCUAUCAAUAUUUCUUUCUUGUCUGUUGACAUUUCUGCACAUCAAGCAACGGUAUUUUGCUGGUGGCGGUCCAUCAAUGUGCAUAAUCGCGUCGUCGCGGUUAUAGUGUUCAAGACAUGGCAGACGACUUUGGAGUUCUUCGUCUUUUUUCAAUUCAUCGGACAAGUGUUUCCAGAUUUGGUUGAGGGUAAACGUCGAUACGUUUUCUA